AUGCGGGUGUCGCUCUCGGGGGCCAGCGGCUUGCUGGGCCGAGCAGUCUAUGCGCACUAUGUCGAGCAAGGCGCAAAGAUCACAGGGCUGGCCUACACUCGAGCAAAGGCUGGCUUGGUCAGGCUUGACCUGACCGACUAUGCCGCAGUGCUGGCCCACAUAGAAGCCGAGAAACCAGAUCUCUUCAUUCACUGUGCAGCCGAGCGACGACCUGACAUAGCCGAGAAAGACCCAGACGCAGCACGUAAGCUGAAUGUCGAGGUCACACAUCAGCUAGCAUCAAUCUGUGCAAAGCUCAACGUUGCUCUCAUCUAUAUCUCUACCGACUAUGUCUUUGAUGGCAACGCUCCCUCGGGUGGAUACGAACCAUCAGCGCAGCCUCAUCCACUCAAUUUCUACGGAGAGACCAAACUGGCCGGUGAGAGAGCAGUGCAAGCAGCCGGUUGCCGCGCAGUCAUUGUCCGGGUACCCUUGCUUUACGGGGACGUCGAAUACCCGGGAGAAUCGGCUGUCGAUGCAGUCUUGCAAUCUGUGAAGCGCUCAACAAAGGAGAAGCCUGCACGCAUGGACGAUUGGGCGGAGCGCUAUCCUACAUCGAUCGACGAAGUCGCCCAGAAGCUAUACGCGAUAUCCCAGCUACUCGUUCAGGACACAGCAGCAACCUGCUCGAUACUUCACGUCCAAUGCAGUGAAGCGCCUCAGACAAAGUACCAGAUGGCUCGACUGUUUGCCAAGCUGCUGGGAUACUCUGACGAGAAUCUCAUCUCUGAAGCCUCUGGACCUCAGCCUGGCGAUACGCCGAGACCACGAGAUUGCUGCUUGAGCCUCGAGUGCUUGCGUCGCUAUGGCAUUGAUCCGUCCGUGGGCACCGUCUCGUUCGAGCAGUACUGGCAAGCGCAAGAUUGGUCAAGUUGA